AUGUCCUCAUAUUGUUGCGAUAAGAACACAGGAACCAACGGAGCAGAGCCAACAGAGCGGAGCCAGCGAAACAGAAAGGGGGAGUGGCAGUCAUAUGGUGAUGGGAAGUCGAAGGUCAGGUCGGAGAAGUCGGAGGUGGAGUGGUGGGGAAAGAAGAAGAAGAAGAAGAAGAAGAAGAAGAAGAAGAAGAAGAAGAAGAAGAAGAAGAAGAAGAAGAAGAAGAAGAAGAAGAAGAAUAGUGCAGAAGCAGUCAAUGAAAAGGCAGAAAACAAACAUUUGAAUAGGACGUGGCUGAAGUAUGUGAUUUCGUGA